UUUUUUUUUUUUUCGCGUGAAUAAAUAAUGGCUAAAGUGAAAAAUCAAGAAGAAUUACGGAAACCAAAGUUUCAACAGACAAAAUUAUGCUUUGGUCCUGUGGUGACGAAAAAGGUGUCAGCGGAUUAUGCAAAAAAGUUGGAGGAAUCCAUUCAAGAUUUAAACAUUAGUAAAAAGGAUCAACUGGGCCAUGACGAUCCCUGUCAACAUUGCAGUAAAUCAACAAAACGAGUGAAAUGUACAGCAUUAAAGAGAGGUACAGAGGAAGAGUGUGGCCUGAGUUACUGUACAAAAUGCAUUAGUGAAAAGGUAGACGAGAGUGUGGAAUGGAUUAAAAGUAACAAGAAUGAACAGUUUGUUCAUGGGAAUGGUGAUGUGAUUCAACAUGGCAAGUCUAAAUGGAGGUGGGCAUGUUUAGUGUGUAGAGGUUUAUGCGACUGCAAAAAGUGUUUAGGCUCAACAAAACGACUUUCAUUUAAUAUCGAACCAACCAUCAACAAAAGGAAAACAGUGCUAGACAUCGAACCUCCAGAAUUGACACCGAUCCCACUUUUAUAUUCCGAAGAAGAGAUAUGGAUCCGAUUACAAAUUCGAGAAUUUAUUUUUAGAUUUGGCGAUGUGUAUGGAUUUGAAAAUCGACUCUUCACUAGUUUACAAAACGUGCAAGGAGAUUGGCGUAUCAAAAAGUUGGGAGCUUACACUGUCUGGCAAUGUUUGACCAUCCUCUACAACUCCUCUCUUUACGAAAAUGAGGAAUCCAUACCUCAGUUAGCGAAAAACAUCUUGAAUAGUUGGAUAACAGAUAAAAGACUGGAUAAUCUCUAUUGUGAUAAAGAAGAAAAACAUGCUGCAUUAUUACAAAUUCUGAAUACAGAAGGUAUGACGGGAAGGAGAUGGCAGGAUAUGGCGGAAUUAUUGGCAUUGGCUCAAGUAAAAGAUAUUCCCAUACCUACAACAAGUGAUCUCAAGAAAAAAGACGCAGAUAGAAUGGAUACAGACGACGAUGAGGAGGAGGAGGAGAAUGAUGAAGUGAGUACCAAGAUUGCAAGAUAUCAGAAAUGUACAAAUCGUAGUCUAGUGUCUGUGGCGGACGAAUUAAAGAUGAUCAACAUGUUAUUGGAGUUACUCUUGUAUGAUAUUCAAAUACGACAAUCAUUGAUUGCUGCUGGACAAAAAGCAAUGAGCAAAGAAUUAAGAGACGAAGAAUCCGAAUUCAAAAAGUAUCAAAAAGAAUGGACGCAAGAAAAUAACAAGCACUUAUUAAAUAGAACGACCUUGUCAAUGCGAGUGAAUCAGUUGAAAUCGACCAAGGGGAAGGACAAGGAAUUCGAUGAAGCGCAGAUGUCUUUGGAUGCAUUAGAGACGCUCAUUCGAGACGAGAAUCAAAACCUAUCUAAAAAGAAAUUAGAGUUAAUUAUUCAUACGCACAAGGCAGAAAAGAGAAAGAGAUGUUUAGGGCAUGAUAUGCUUGGUAAUGAAUAUUGGGCAUUUAGUGAUACGUUGGAUCACUUGAACCAUGCAACUGAUUACAGGAACAGUGAACCUUACUGGGCUUAUGGGAUUAUUAUCAUUGGCCCUGGAUUUAAAAAGGACAAGGAACAAUGGUGGUUCAUCAAGGGCAAAUCAGAUAUGAAAUUACUCAAAGAUUGGAUCACGAACGAAUCCAAGAAACUUGCAAAUGACGAUCUAAAAAGAAUUGCGGCAGGAAUCAAUGAUCGCAUAAAUUAUCUCGUCUCAUUAGAAACAGUUGUUUAUGGUGAAGGGUUCUUUCAAUAAAUUCAACAAAAAAAGUCUAUUGUUUAAAUGCAUGAUAAUAAACUUUUUGGUUGAAAUCAGUUUGAUUCUAAUUUUAGAGCCCAUGAAAGAGGG